AUGGUNAGAGAGCAAAAUUUAGCGAAGAACCUAUGGGAAGCUAUCAAGUCUCGUCACCAGGGAGCAAACCGGGUGAAAGAAGCAAGACUUCAAACUCUAAAAGCAGAGUUAGAUCGGGUAACGAUGGGAUAUUCAGAGUUGGUAGAUGAGUAUGCAGGGAAGAUAGAAAAUUUUAUUUAUAUCGUAGCAUCUCUUGAACAAGUCCUCAACUUAAACACAACAACCUUCGAAGAUAUAGUAGGAAGGAUAAAAGCUUAUGAAGAACGAGUUGGGAAGGAGACCUUGAGUGAAGAUCAAGGUAAACUCAUGUUCUCAAACACCAAUUACCGUGGAGAGUACGGUGGAUUUCGAGGGGGAGCAAGAGGCAAAGGCGGUACCGGAAGAGGAAGUUUUGGUAGAGGCAGAGGACGAGGCCGAGGACGAGGCCGAGGUACAUUUAACGGUCAAAAUCAAGGAGGAGAAAUCUCAGAGAAGGAUCNGUUUGGUCGAUGCGUAUGA